ACUAAUGUUGGCAUUUGACAAUUAUGGCUGAUGGUGUUUGACAGUUAAAUAUUCUGAUUUCUGUGCAGCUACACAUUGCUUGAGCAAAUUCUAGAAUAUUUCGGCAAAAUUCUGGACUGUUUAUUAGCGUCAGUGGUGCUUCAGCAGUAAAGUUUUUUAAUUACCUACAGGUAUGGCUAAAUGGGGAGAAGGUGAUCCAAGAUGGAUUGUAGAAGAGCGACCUGAUGCGACAAAUGUUAAUAAUUGGCAUUGGACUGAAAAAAACGCAAGCCCUUGGUCGGAAGAGCGCAUAAAAGAACUUUUUAAUAAUAUUGCAGUUCAAACGAAUAUAGCGGAUUUGAAAAUUACGGGAAUAGACAAAUGCGAAGGAGAGGCAUGCGCUAAUAAUCGGAAAGGAAAGUUGAUAUUUUUUUAUGAAUGGGACCUUGUUUUUAAUUGGGAAGGAAAACUUAAUGGUGGUUCGGGCAUUAACCAUUGCGGAACCAUAAAAGUACCAAAUUUGUCGGAGGAAAAUGAAAUGUCUGAUUUAGAUAUUCAAGUCAACUUGAAAGAUCCGGAUGAAGAGGGUGAAUUACUAAGACAGAUUAUGUUAAAAGAAGGCAAACUCUUGGUUCGCGAUCAAUUAGGCAAAUAUGUAGCAAGUCUUAAACAGGAAUUUUCAAGAGGAAUGAUUCUUCCAAAGAAAGAAGAUGUUAAGCCAGAUCAGAUUAAGAAUUUGUCAAGCGGCUUCAACAAGAAAGUUAGCAUGAGUCCUGUGGUUUCAAAUGAGAAGAAAGUAGUGGGUCUCAAAAUUGACACAACCUCGAUUAACCAAACUCAUAAGUUCCAAUGCACAGCAGAAGAUUUUUAUAACGCUUUGACUCGAAUUGAAAUGGUUACGGCUUUUACCAGAGGACAUGUUAAACUUGAUGCAGCAAAAGGUGGCAAAUUCGAACUGUUCGGAGGUAACAUCACUGGGACUUUUGAAGAAUUGGUCCCUAAUAAGAAAAUAGUAAAGCAAUGGCGGUACAAACAAUGGCCAGACGGACAUCACUCAUUAGUUACAAUAACGAUAGACCAAAAGAAUGAUCAUACGGAAGUUAUCCUAUCUCAAUCAGGAGUUCCGAGCGCUGAGGCUGAAGUAACCAGAAAUAACUGGGACCGAUAUUAUUGGCAAGCAAUGAAACAAGCAUUUGGAUUUGGUGCUAUAUUUGGCGACAUGUAAUUUACUUACAUUUAAAACUCUAGACAAAGCUGGUCGCAUUGAGUAAGUCGUAAAGAUGCAGCUGCAUCAUCGUGAAACUAAUACUGAACUUUUUUCGUAUUCGAAAAGAAAUUGCAUAUUCGCACUCUUAUUGAAGAAUUUACCGUUUUUGCUCUAUUUAUUGGUUUCUAGGUAAAAUAAUAAUAAAACAGUUUUUCUUUAUUUUGUCGUAAUUCAAUUAUAUUAUGUUGAGAACUGGUAGAAAGCCUAUAGUGUUUAAUAUAUUCGUCUUAUAAAA